AUGGCUGCGCGGAGCAGUUCUAUGGCCGCCGAGGAUGACUACGAGACUGAACAAAAGAAGCAAGCUGCUGCAGAUGUUCUUUUUCACUAUUCACAAUUUGUUAUGGUCUGCAUUGGUGAGGAUGUUCGCCCUACUGAUCUCAGGUUGCAUCUUAUGAAGGAAGUUUCAGGAAUGCCCACUUCUCUAAAGGAGCCUCAACAGGCUGCUUCCUCACCGGCUUCCAGUGGCAAACCGUCUUCCUCUGGAACGAUGAAAGGCGACAAGAAUGAAAUCUCCUUAGCUUCAUAG